AUGGACUCCAGCGCGGGGGAAUAUGGCAUGGCUCGUCUUGGAUUGUUUUUGGUUUUGAUGGGGCUGUGGAGAUUUAGCGAUGCUUGCCCCGCAUCCUGCACUUGCAGCAUCUCAAGGAUUGUUUGUAUUGAUUCUGUACCAGGGAUCCAGGAUUUCCCUGUCCUCACGUUAGAUGACAUGGAAAACAUCACCGAGAUAUACAUUGCAAAUCAAAACAGACUGUUUGACAUAGAUGACAACAGUCUGAGGCACUACAUAAACCUCAGAAACCUAACAGUGACACGUACAAGACUGACAUCUAUAUCAUCAGAUGCAUUUUACAACAAUACAAGACUUCAAUAUGUAAAUCUCACAGAUAAUAACCUAUCAACACUGUCAUGGAGAACAUUUCAGAACUUUAACAAAACAUACUCGCUCCUGCUGUCCGGUAACCCUCUGGAUUGUGUUUGCGAGAACUUAUGGAUCAAACUCAGGCUAGAAGAAACCGACAGUCAAGAGCUGAAAUGCAUAGACGAGAGAGGAGAGCCAACGGCCUUUGCCACACUCACUCCACCGGACUGUGUGCUUCCCAAAGUAGAGGUCGUCCCAACCACCGUGACGGAGAUGCAGGGGAGUAAUGUCAAAGCUGUGUGCAGCGCCUCAGGCACCCCUCCUCCUGAGAUCCUGUGGAACCUUGAUUGGCUCUCAACCCACCACGAGAUUGAUCCUUCGGAUAUGGAGAGCAGCCUCACCUUGUCAGACCUGUCUCCUGAUGAUAAUGGCAAGGUGAUCAUAUGCAGCGCUGAGAACAUGGUCGGUCAGACCGAGGCCACACUUACGCUCAAUAUUCUCUUUGCCCCCACCAUCCAGCAGCUGCUGGGGCCAGAGCGGGACCACCACUGGUGCAUCCCCUUCAGCGUGACGGGGAACCCCAAGCCCGAGCUGCAGUGGUACCACGGGGACGAGGCUCUCCUGGAGCAGGACUUCAUCCGCACAAUGAUCCACCUGUUCACCGAGAGCGAGUACCACGGCUGCCUGCAGCUGGUCAACCCCACGCACAUUCACAACGGCGUGUACAGGCUGGUGGCAAAGAAUAAGUACGGCCAGGAUGAGAAGAAGGUGUCUGCCCAGUUCAUCGACCCGCCUGACAUCGACCAUACAGAGGAAACCAUCUACUAUGACACCACCACAGAAACUCCGGGCCCUCCGCUGGACGACAGUGUUGCAGUGUAUGUAGUUGUGGGAAUCGCAGGAGUUGCCUUGACUGGCUGCGUUCUGAUGGUGAUCAUUUUGAAAUAUGGAAGAAACUCCAAGUUUGGUCUUAAAGGCUCCUCCUCAGUCAUCAGUAAUGACGAUGACUCCGCUAGCCCUCUUCAUCACGUCUCCAAUGGCAACAACACCCCGUCGUCCUCGGAGAUGGGUCCAGACGCAGUGAUCAUUGGGAUGACAAAGAUUCCUGUCAUUGAGAACCCACAGUACUUCCGUAACUCCGGCAGCAUGCUGAAAUCUGACACGUUUGUCCAGCACAUUAAAAGACACAACAUUGUGCUGAAGCGGGAGCUGGGAGAGGGAGCAUUUGGGAAGGUGUUUCUCGCCGAGUGCUACAACCUGACACCAGACCAGGAGAAGCUCCAUGUUGCAGUCAAGACUCUGAAAGAGGCCAACGAGAGCGGCCGAGCAGACUUCUACAGAGAGGCCGAGCUCCUCACCAACCUGCAGCAUGAACACAUCGUCACUUUCUACGGGGUGUGUGUGGAGAGUGACCCGCUCAUCAUGGUGUUUGAAUACAUGAAACAUGGUGACCUAAACAAGUUCCUCAGGUCCCACGGUCCUGAUGCAGUGCUAAUGGCAGACGGUCAACACAGUAUCCUGGUGGAGCUCACCCAGUCCCAGAUGCUGCACAUUGCCCAACAGAUUGCUGCUGGCAUGGUCUACCUGGCCUCCCAACACUUUGUCCACAGAGACUUGGCAACCAGGAACUGCCUGGUUGGAGAAAACCUGCUGGUCAAGAUAGGAGACUUUGGCAUGUCCAGAGACGUUUACAGCACAGACUACUACAGAGUGGGCGGUCAUACGAUGCUGCCGAUUCGCUGGAUGCCCCCAGAGAGCAUCAUGUACCGGCGGUUCACCACGGAGAGUGAUGUGUGGAGCCUCGGUGUGGUGCUGUGGGAGAUCUUCACCUAUGGCAAGCAGCCCUGGUACCAGCUCUCCAACAAUGAGGUGAUCGAGUGCAUCACUCAGGGCCGCGUGCUGCAGCGGCCCCGGUCCUGUCCUAAAGAGGUGUACGACCUGAUGCUGGGCUGCUGGCAGAGGGAGCCCUACAUGAGGCUGAACAUCAAGGAGAUCCACAGCAUGCUCCAGAGCCUCGCCAAGGCCUCUCCUGUGUAUCUGGACAUACUGGGCUGAUGCACCCGUGUUCUUGUAUGUACUUUUGCGUGCAUGUGUAUGAGCUGGGGCUUCAUAUGGGCACGACAGGUUGUGUGUUUGUUUGCACUUGAUGAGACGGAGAGGAGAGGAGGAAAUGAAGGUUGUGCGACUGUGUGCGUGUGUCUGUCUGUGUACAGUACCUGGCUGUAAAUGUUUCUGUAAAUGCUAUCCGUUUGUGUCCUCAUUACAUCAAGAAAAGCCUUAAAUUUGGAGUGAUUUUGUUUUCGCUUUUCUUUUCUUAUCCAUUUGCAGACGUAACUGAGGCAUGUUUCACAAAUGGAAACCAAAAUGCAUACAGGAUUAUGUAAUUUUACCCAAACCAUCAACACUCCCAUAUGUGAAAGGUAUAAAAAUAAUUGAAACCCGAUAAUUAGAAUCAUUGAUUACUGGGUUACUCUAUCCACAUUCAUCGCAUUAAAUAAUGUGUUUCAUAUUUGCUGGGAAUGAAAGGGAAAAUAAUGUGUCUCCAUAAUGGACAGUGUAUGGGCACAACUUUGUAGAUAGAGCUUUCUCUUCUUUCAACAAACAGAGCAUAUUCUGCAGGAAGAUAAAAAAAAAAAAGAAUUACUCAAGUUACAGCUGAAGCUUUUUCUUUUAUAUGUCACAGACUAUUUUAAUAUUUGUAGAAUUUAUAAAUGUUGACUCUGUUUUCAUACCAAGCUGUUGAUUUCAAUCUGUGGUUUUUUGAGUCAUCUACAGAAACUUUUGCUUUUUUGUAUUUUAAACAUACGUGUAUAAUAUUAUCCACGUAUGUUUAAAAUCAGUGAAACCCAUAUAGAUUCUCAUAGAUGCCUGUUGUCUGUUAUAUAUAACCUACUUAAGUCCACUGAAGGACUCCCCAAUGUAAAAAUCAGUGUUGAGGUUGUAAAACACAAGGGCAUACAGCAUUUUACAGCACUUUUGUUUUAAUAAUGCCAUCAUCAUUUGUCAUAUUUUAUGUAAAUAUCUUCACGCAAGAUCUUCUAUAGUUAACAGUGGUGUUUUAAAUGUUGUUGGAGUGCUCUACCCAUUUCACAACCUUUUCAUUUGAUGUAUCU